AUCUAAUCUACUGGCCCUACAGUGGCUGCUGCUCCACACCAGUAGCCAUCCAUUAACCAGACUGCUGCCCAACGCAGAGCCAGAGCGACGUCAAGCGGCUGGGAGAAGGCGUCAGUGCGCCUUGACGAGCUCCACACACACACGCUGAGCCAUGUUCACCGAGUGGGGAGAGUUUGAUCCGACUUGCAGAGCGCGCAUGUGGACUGUCACCCUGUCCGGGACCGAGCAGACAAUGAAGAGGAGCGACAGUUUCUCUCAGUGAUAUAUCUCUAAGAUGAGAGCCUUUGUGUUGAACCUGAUGAGUUCAGGAGGAUUUCGAAAGGGAACGAUCACAGUUUACACAGAAGAAAUGUCCACAACUGCAGGUCCAACCAUCCCCUCCUCACAGCUGACAUCGGAUCAACUCACAGUGGUGGCUGCAUCCUUUUCUUCCCUGGUGUUCUUUGUGGUUAUUGUGGUGCUGCUGUCCAUUAUUUACCGCAAGGAUCUCCAGUGCUGCAAACUCCGCUCCUAUCAGGGGCCACAUGCAGAUAUGGACGCUCCUCCCCAGUACUACAGCAGCAGACAGACACUGGUGGGAUCUCCUUGUCUAGAGCAGACUCAGAUCAUGGAUGACAGCAACACUCAGGCAGGUCAGCUGUUCUACGUCGGCCUGCCCUCCAGCUACAGCCUGCCCACGCUGGAGACCCCCCUGCCGAGGCUCCCCUCCUACGAGAGCGUCCGAAAGAAGGACCGCCAGAGGCAGAUCCACAUGAUGAUCGCAGACCGCUUCGGCCUCAAUGGACCCAUUGUGACUGAGCCUCCUCCAACAUACGAAGAGAGUAUUCGCCAGUCUAUGGAGCUGCCGUACAACAUCCUCCCAUCCAGUCCGGAUGUCUGCCCUCCUCAGAGCAUUUACACCAACACAGGGCCCGACACACCUCAUCCAGUCAGCUCUGACACCAACAGCGCUAUUCUACCUGUGUGAUUACCGAGCAAGUUUCUCAAGCUGGUUCAUGAAUGUGACAGACGUGUGAUUGCUUUAUAUACAGAUGAAAAACAUCCCGAGACAUGUUGAAGACUGGAACCUUCACACAAGCUGAUUCAGAUACCUCAAGACUGUGUUUAUGUUGAGAGACGGCUGAUGAAGGAGCAACCAAAGAGGAGCUUCAGGAAAGGACUUCUUUGGCUUGGCACGUUUGAAUGUUAAAACACUUUGUUACUGUACAUGCUAAUGAAUUUAGAGAAUCACUGGAUAUUUACAUUUACUGAGGUGGCUGGUACAUCUUGAAAAAUAAAUUUGAGGACUACAGGACUUAAACCAAAAAAGGGAACCACUAUUUACUUUGUUGAUUAUACUCUGUUAGUUCAGUGGUUCCCACCUGGGUCAUUGGUCCAUUCUGAAUGGACUGCAAGUGACUCACGAAUGUGUCAAGUUUGUAAAAAACACACUUAUUUUUAAAUACAGUAAAUUUGUGGCACAGAGCUUUUAUUUUGAAGUGCCAUUUCCUGCUGUCAAUUCAGUGACUAAUGAACAGUACCUUUACAGAGACAGCAAACUAGCUGGACAACGUGGCCAAAUGCAAGUAUGAUGCUUAAUAUAUUAAAC